CCCGGUGCACUGUGGGAAGUGAAAGGCUGAGGCGAAUAUGGCGGAUGCUGAAGAGCCGGAGAAGAAAAGAAGGCGGAUAGAAGAGCUCUCUGACAAAAUGGCUGUGGAUGUUGAGUGUGGGGACAUUGGAGACUGGGAAGGUCGCUGGAACCAUGUUAAGAAGUUCCUCGAGCGAUCUGGACCUUUCAUACACCCCGCGUUCGAACCAAGCAAUGAAUCUCUGCAGUUUCUGUUAGAAACCUGUAAAAUAUUGGUUGUUGGAGCUGGGGGUUUGGGGUGUGAACUUCUCAAGAAUCUGGCACUCUCAGGAUUCCGACAGAUCCACGUUGUAGAUAUGGACACCAUAGAUGUCUCUAAUUUAAACAGGCAAUUUCUGUUCCGGCCAAAGGAUGUAGGAAGACCCAAAGCAGAAGUGGCGGCUGAAUUUAUAAAUAGCAGAAUCCCUGACUGUUGUGUCACCCCUCAUUAUAAAAAAAUUCAAGACAUGGACGAAUCAUUUUAUCGAGACUUUCAUCUCGUAGUAUGUGGUCUGGAUUCAAUUAUUGCCAGGCGGUGGCUGAAUGGAAUGCUGAUGUCCCUCCUGAAUUAUGAAGAUGGAGAGUUACAGCAAAGCACAGUUAUUCCUUUUAUUGAUGGAGGUACAGAAGGCUUUAAAGGAAAUGCCCGUGUCAUUUUACCAGGGAUGACUGCAUGCGUGGAGUGUACUCUUGAAUUGUAUCCACCACAGAUUAACUUCCCAAUGUGUACAAUUGCAUCUAUGCCCAGGUUACCGGAGCACUGUAUAGAGUAUGUCCGGAUUUUGCAAUGGCCAAAAGAGCAACCGUUUGGAGAGGGUGUUCAGCUGGAUGGAGAUGACCCAGAGCAUAUCCAGUGGAUAUAUAAGAAAUCUCUAGAGCGAGCUUCACAGUUCCACAUCCGAGGAGUGACAUACAGACUCACCCAAGGUGUUGUGAAAAGGAUUAUUCCAGCGGUAGCGUCUACAAAUGCAGUAAUUGCAGCGGCCUGCGCCACUGAAGUAUUUAAAAUAGCCUCAAGCUCUUAUAUGCCUUUAAAUAACUACCUGGUAUUUAAUGAUGUGGAUGGAUUGUAUACGUAUACAUUUGAAGCCGAAAGAAAGGAUAAUUGCCCGGCUUGUAGUCAGCUCCCUCAGAACAUUGAAUUUCCAUCCUCUGCUAAACUGCAAGAAGUUUUGGAUUAUUUAACGAAUGAUACCUCAUUACAGAUGAAAUCUCCUGCCAUCACAGCAACACUAGAAGGGAAGAAUAAGACUCUUUAUUUACAGACUGUAUCGUCUAUAGAAGAAAGGACGAGGUCCAAUCUUUGCAAGACUUUACAAGAACUCGGCCUUGUUGACGGACAGGAGCUUGCGGUUGCCGAUGUCACGACCCCUCAAACUGUCCUAUUUAAACUUCAUUUUACCACCUAGUUGUGCUGAAGCAGGAGAUUCCAUGAAAACACUUUUAGUUAGAAAUACUUGCAGGACUGAGUAGCAGAUACUGAUAUGGAUGUGCAGGAUGACCAAAUUGGAAAAGAAAUCUGUGGCCGGCUGACACCUAGUUAUGCGUUUGGUUUCCAACCCAGUUUAUAUGGCUAAAUGAAAAUGCUCGUGUAUUAUAGCCCUCACCGAACAAUUAUUUAUGAAAGGGAAAAUAUUUUAAAGGUCCCCCCCUCAAGAGCAUUUUAAAUAGACUUUUAGAAACAUCAUCAAUGUACAGUAUUUUGAUCUAA